AUGGGACUGCUGACAAACGAACAGUCCCGUAACCGGGUGGUUUCUCUGUUGGUGCAGCACAACCAGAAGCUGUCUGUCCUAGUUUACCUUGCGGGAAUUUCCUGGUUCUUUGCCCUGGCAUAUCAGCCUCUGAAUGCAGCAACUUACUUUUCAGAAAAUGCACUUUUGCCAGGCCUAGUUGAGUCCCAUCUGCCGUCUGUGUUUCUUUCUGUACUGCAGUACAAGGAGCAAGUCGAGCAAGAGGCCAAGAGAGAUCCUAAAGUAACUCUUCAGGACUGGGUGUACAAGAAGUUUGAUAGUUUGGGCAUAGAGACAUUCCAGCAGAACUUUUCAGUGGUGUACCCUUUUAGAUCUCUCUCAUCAAAGGUUUGUUGGAUGUCUGCCCCUCUCAGACCAUGGCACAGAAUUCAAAGGAUCUCUGUGCAUAUUGCUGGCAUUAAAGAUGCCUCAAAACCAUACUGGAGCAAGGACAUCAUCUUUCUCUUCUCAGACUUUGAUGAGAUAGGAGCCAUGGCUUGGUUGGAUGCUUACCAUGAAACUGCAUCUCAGUACAUCCUGACCAAUGGCUUGGAAGGAAGAAGUGGCGCCAUCCAGGCGGCUAUCAACCUUGAGCUACCAUUGGACAAUAUCAAUUACUUUAAUCUCAAACUUGAAGGGCUGAAUGGUCAGCUGCCCAACUUGGACCUGGUCAACCUCUUAGUUCGACUGUGUCAGAAAGAAGGAGCUCGUGUUGCUAUACAUCAUUCCUUUGACAAAAGAUUAUCCUAUGGAGGUGACUCGUUUGACAACUAUAAAUCAUCGCUGAAGACUAUGCUGAAAAUGAUGUGGUACCAGGCAAGUGGAGCCCCGUCUGGUAACCAUGGAUUGUUUCAGAAGUUCCACAUUGAGUCUGUGACUCUUCAAGGCGUGGCCAAGAAAAAAGGCAGUCAUGACAUCACUACCGCAGCCAGGAUCAUGGAGGGUGUUUUGAGAAGUCUAAACAAUCUGCUGGAACGAUUUCAUCAGUCGUUUUUCUUCUACCUCCUGCCUUCCACAAAUCGUUACGUGUCGAUUGGCAUGUAUAUGCCUCCGUUUGGUCUGAUGGCACUAGCAGGGCUCAUCAAAAUAUCCUUUGUUGUUUUUACCUUGACCUGUCACGGCCUUGCCCUGUGGAAAGUCUCACAGAUGCAGACAAAUGCUGAAAAGAAGGAGGAUACAAAGAAGGAUGGAGCAGAUGAGUCCCCAGACAAGGAUAAAGAAAAGGAUGUUGAAGGUAUGAAAUAUAGUUUGAAAGAUGAAGCGAAAACAGCCGUUGAUGAAAGUAAAGAUAAUUUCGAAGAUGAAAUGAAAACAGCCGAGCCACUGACCAACAAAGGUGUGUUGACCAUCCUGCCGGUUUUUCUUGUGUCCAUGUUGAUGGGUUGGAUGGCCCAUCAGGGACCAGAGUUGCUGACCCGGAUAGUGCCUCGCUUCCGUAUCCAGACCGAAGAUAUGAUCAUCUACAGCUUGUUUGCCAUAUUCACAGCCGCACUGGCAUACCCAAAGUUAAUGACCAGGAAAUCCGGCAGCCCUAGCACAUUUGUUAUAGACUGGCAGCUGCUGAAGUCGAUAGCUCUGAUUGGACAGACCCUGGCGUUGACAACUAUCUCCCUUCUCAACAUCUCCCAGGCAUUCUUCUUGACUGCAUUCAUGGUCCCUGUGACAACAUUAGUCAGGCCAUCUCAGCAAAAAAUCUUCCGCUGGAUCCAGAUGCUAGCUCUCGUCUUUGUUUCUCCUCUGUCCCUCAUGUUCUUGGUGGGCCUGAUCUCAGCCUGGCCUCAGCCUUCGACCUUCGACCUCCUGCUCCAAGGCUACACCAACUGUAAGGAGCUCAUCUUUCUGGGUGUCAUGGACUCCUACCUGUUCAAUGCCUGGACAGAGACUAUCAUCACAGCGGUGAUCUUCCCCAUCUGGCUGCUAUUUUGGGCCAUCCCCUGGGUUGAUGCUGUUAAUAGUUUAUGA